AGAAAAAGCAAAACUGCUAAAAGAAACUUGUGACCGACCUGUGACUAAGAAUAGCACAGACUUGGCUGGGUGAGCUAAAUAACAUAGAAGACUGGAUGACUUUCAACAGCCUAUGCCUUUAACUGUGGAGAAUGUGAUGGGGGUUGAGAUAAACAGCCAAGUUUUGUUCUAUAAUUAAACAUUAAGGAAGAGCAAAAGGUUUGACCGCACUUUGAGUAUUCAUGUGGAUCCUUCUAAUUACGUAACAAUCAGGCUGUGCGUCAACAGAGGUUAAAAAUAGCCAGACGUAAGGGGUGGGGAGUGCUGAGACCUGUAGUUCAGGGAGAAACGUGGUGUCUUGACCCACAGUCGAAUUCCACUCUGGCUUUGACCAUCAUCAGUAAGAAGAGGGAGUCAGGAUCCAGUGUUGAAGCUGUGAGGUUGGAAAUCUAACUGAAAUCUAAUUCUCCAGCGGCACUUUGCUGAGAGAUACCAUCAAAUUAGAAUUCAUAGAGGAGGUAGUGUAAUUCAUAUUCAACAAUGAGUGGGCUCUCUAAGACAUGGACACAGGACACAAACAGAAUACAUAAGGCAUGGAAAUCCAGAAUACAUAACUUAAUCCAGAGUCCAUUACCCUGGAGGAAAAUUAACAGACAGGAAACAAAUGAAACAAGCCUACUGGGAGAAUCUCUUGAGACACUCCUUUCCCAGAAACGUGGACAAAAAGCAUUUCGGAACUUUCUGAAAUCAAAGUUCUGUGAGGAAAAUCUGGACUUCUGGCUCGCCUGUCAAGAGUUCAAAACCUUUGACAGUCCAGAGGCGCUAACACGGGCGGCAGCAAGUAUUUAUGAAGAGUUCGUCAGGGCUGAAUCUCCCAAACAGGUAAACUUAGAUUUCCACACAAAAGAGAUCAUCAGCCAGAGUCUCCAGCAACCAGGUACAUCAUGUUUUGUUGUGGCACAGAAGAAAAUCUACAGCCUGAUGGAGAACGACUUCUUCCCACGCUUCAUUCAAUCUGAGCAAUAGCAAGUCCUAUUUGAUGCAGCUUGUAAGCAGAGAGGCCUUGGGAAGCACCGAAAGGCCUUGAAGAUAAAGAGCACUGGAGAUUUAAUACAGCAUGAUUCAAACCAAUCAUUCUGCAGAGUGACCUCUGUCUCUUGCACAAGGACUGACAUCAUGCAUGUUGAUGGUGUAAAGUGUUGCACAGACACAGGCUCAGGAACUGCUGUUGAUAGACACUGUGCAGAGAUUUCCCCUUCCCUAAAAAAUGUCACCUCAACAAUGUAACGUCUGACAGGACUGAAAGCUGUGCCAGUGCAAUGGACAUAACAUUCUGCAGGCGGUGCCAUCUGGUGCACAGUGAACACUGGGCAUCACCAAAAGUAAAGCUGUGGUUUUUAAUCCUGUCGUGUUUCUGGCUGAGACAGCCAAUGCCUUGAAUGUAAAUAAAUUGUAAACCUCAAUAUUUAUGGUUCUAUACAAGUGAAAGGCACGUGAUUGCAGGACUUCUGUGUAUUUUGGGAGUUUGCACUUAAACACUAUUGAUUUUGCCAUGUAUGCAUCAUGAAGCUUAGUAAUGCUAUGGACUUUAUUUUGUGGUAAAUUCAUACAAAUUGUUUAACUGUUGCAAAAACUCAUAAACUAAUCAAAAAGA